AUGUCCAAAACUCUGACAUGGAAGCAUCUCUCGAUGAACCAAGUGUACGAUUUCUACACGAUCAGCACCGGUGAAGAGGCAUUGAGAUAUCUAGCAUCAAUUGUGGAGAUUGGCGACGAUCCCCAGAGGGGCGCUAUUCUGUUAGACUUUUAUUACUAUAACCUCAGGUUUGCCAAAGACCAACACUUCUCCCCUGAGCAAGCAUCAGCUUUCUUCUCUAUAAUGAAGACGACGCACGACAAAGCGAUGGCUUCACCCUUCAUUAAUCUCGAUAAGGAUUAUACCUUCUUCAAAGAUGUACUUUUGCACCACUCCGUCCAUCGCCCGCCAUACAGUCAAAAAGUAUUUUCCCUUGCGGAGGUGAAAGCCAUUACCGAAUAUGCCGUAAACACGUACUUUCGGCACUAUCUAAUGUACAAGUACGCAUUCACAAAGAAAUUGAGAUUGGAGCUAUCCUUUGAUAAUGAUCUGGUGAACGAAGAGCCAGAUAAGAAGCAAAGCGAAGAGGAAAUAGCGGGCAGUGCUGGUCUAGAGGCGGAAGGGACAUUGCACACCGAGUCCACUCCAGAAGAGAAGCAACAAGGAGCCCAGCACCCUGCCAUCGACAAUUCCGGGGUUGACGUGCAACAAUCCGAGCAGCCCCAAGUUGAGGUAGUUGGCAGUGGAGGAAACCUAGAAAUCCCACCUGUCAAGGAACCUGCAGCAACACCACAACAUACUGAUGCGAAGGAAACUGUUGUGAAAGAAACGGAACAAAGUGAAGUUAAGGGAACGACUCCGGAGGUGUCAGGACAAGGACGACCUACUCCGCAAGAAAUCGCCGCGAGAGAAUUGAGCGCGUUUGUUACUGCCACGUUAUCCACCAAAAUAGACGAGCUACGAAAAACGCUGUUGACUAGACUACAAACCCAGGAGGACCAGAUCAAUUCAAAGCUGAGAAAACUGGAAGAGAAGGAGGAGGAGAGAGAGCGAUCCGUGAAAAGCAAAGAUGCGAAAGGGAAAAAGAAGUAA